UGAUUUACCAAUUGUGCGACUAUGCCAUGACUGAUGUCGCGUUAAGAGUACACCUACAACUACUUCAGUAACACACAAGUUAAGUCUGUUAUUAUAUAACACGAACAUUAUUUUGUUGGUUUUUUUUUUAUUAUUUGCUAAAAUAAACCAACUAAUCUAAUAAACAACAUCGAAAUUUGGUAUUAUGAAUUUACACACACUGACAACCGUUGUUCGGGUAACGUCUCGAGUUGUGUCUAAGACGCGGCGGACAUAAGUGGCUGGUGUUGGAACUGACGGAUCGCUCAACAUGCAGUAGCUGAUUUUGUUUAAUCCAAUGUUUCGCUUAGCCUUAUUAUCGCUCUUUACAUCAAUCAAAAGUAGCAAAUUCGGAUUACAAACGUUUUUAUAGCUGCUUACAGUGUUGCGUGUGGGUACUGUCGCAGAGACGACACUAUUCAACACGCCAUAAAGCGAUGUCUAUGUCUUGGAAUCCACACACCCGGUUACACCAAUUAGUAAUGUACAGUUUUAAAUGAAAACGGAAUCUUCAUAAUUUUUCUUUUCUUUCGAAAAAACCAACUAUUAAUUGUAAAUUUUCCAAAACAACCGUUUGCUAAAGUCUUGAGAGAAACGUCCACCAAGCAUAUUCUGUACGGUACGUAGGUCAGGGGGCAGAAUCACAAUUCAUACCGGGACAAAUUUAGAGAAUCCUCGGUCAAUUCAACGAUGGCAGACUCGGCAACUAGUGCACCGGCCCCGGCCACAGCUACACCCAAGAAAUCCAAGGCGGCGGCGGCAAGCAAGAAACCCCGCGUUAAGCCUGCACACCCCCCUACAUCUGACAUGGUCAACGCGGCUAUCAAGAACCUGAAGGAGCGUGGAGGUUCCAGCCUGCAGGCCAUCAAAAAAUACAUCGCUGCCAACUACAAGGUAGACGCUGAGAAGUUGGCGCCGUUUAUCCGCAAGUACCUCAAGUCUGCAGUGGCAUCCGGCACUCUCACCCAGCCGAAAGGCAAGGGCGCGUCCGGAUCUUUCAAGCUCUCUGUCAAGGGAGAAGGCAAGACUGCGUCUGCAGGCAAGAAGCCAGCGAAAAAGCCCGCUGCUGCCAAGCCGAAAGGGGAGAAGAAACCUAAGGUGACCGCUGCGAAGAAAACACCCAAGAAGGCAGCCGCAGCCAAACCCAAGGCCGCUAAGGUGGCCAAAUCUCCUAAGGCGAAGAAGGUCUCCAAGCCACCGACCAAGAAGCCGAAAUCUCCAAAACCCAAGAAGGCUGCGGUGAAGAAACCGAAAACGCCAAAGAAGGCAGCGGCCAAGAAGAAGUAAGAAGCCAAAACCUGCCAGAGCUCCUUCGAAAACGGCCUUUAUAAAGGCCACCAACAAUCUCACUCGUAAUUAACUGUUGCUUUUCGCCAGACCCUAGGAUCGCAGGCUCCAAUGUUGGUCCAGCGGCAACAUAGAAGAAGAAAAGUAAAGUACAAUUAAUUGGCUUGUCAUUACAAUUAGUAAUGAAUUAUAUAAAUUGCCGUACGUAUAAUACUUAGUGACUCUCAUAACACUAUUAUUGACAUGACAACUAUUAAAGUAGCAUAAAUAAAAAAGACCAAUAAAAAUAAACAAUGUGAGCGAAUAAACAAUAUGCUUGCAAGCAACUGCUCGACAUCAAUUUAUUACCAAUACGGUUAAACACUACAGGCUUAAAAUAACAUCACACAACCACAGCAUGGCGCGAUGUAACAGUCAUAAAACAAAAAAAAAUAAAAAAUAAAAA